AUGGCGACGUACGACAACAAGACCGACAUGGACAAGAAGGUCCACCUCGACGUAAACUCCCACUCUUCGUCAGAGAAGAUCGAGAAUGUUGAAACCUCGAAAACUAUCGACACAGCGCAACUCCACGAACUCUCAGCUAUCGAACAAUGUGCGGCGUCUAGGGGAGCAUGGCUGAUCAUCCUCGUCACAAUCGGCACCUCGCUUGGUCAUGAGCUCACUUCCUCCGAGCAAGAACUCGUCACGUCGCUCACCUCCGGCGGUGCGUUCGUCGGUGCCAUCUGUGCUGGUCUCACAGCCGACAGAUUUGGCCGUAAGAUGCCCAUCUGGGCGGCCUGUAUUGUCUUUGUUAUUGGCACUGUCCUCCAGACCGCUGCUUAUUCCGUCGCACAAUUUGCCGUUGGUCGCUUCGUAGUCGGUCUGGGAGUCGGAAGCGCAGCCAUGAUCUGCCCACUUUACAUCUCUGAGCUGGCUCCUGCGAAGUACCGAGGUCGUAUGGUGGCAUUCAACAACAUGUCUGUAACCUUUGGACAGUUGUUUGCGUCCGCCCUGGGUGCAGGCUUCGCUCACGUCAAGGGUGAAGGCUGGCGAGCUACUGUCGGCGUUGGCGCCCUUCCUGCUAUCCUUCUUGCUGGCCUUUUGUUCACUUGCCCAGAAUCUCCUCGUCAGCUUGUUGCCCAUGGCAAGCUGGACCAGGCUGAGAAAAUUCUCCUUCGACUUUAUCCCGGUUCCACCGAACAGCAGCGCCGAGCAAAGAUGUCGAGCAUCGAGCUCAGCAUUCAACAGGCCACAGAGACGAUGGUUGAUGACUCGCUCUGGAAGACCUUCAAAUCGAUCUUUACCAACAUGGCUACGCUUCGCGCUGUGGGUACCGCCUGCGUAAUCAUGGGAAUGUCCCAGUUUUCUGGGUUCAACACACUAAUGUACUACUCGGCAACUCUCUUCAAGAUCGUUGGCUUCAACAACCCCACAGCGGUAGCCAUCGCUGUUGCAGGUGCCAACUUUGUCUUCAGCGCCCUCCUCAUCGUCGUAGUAGACCGCUUCGGACGUCGCACCAUCUUGCUCGUUACCGUUUUCGGCAUGUUUACCUGUCUCACUAUUGCCGCUGUAGCCUUCUCCUACAUCCCAAUUGACCUGCACACGCUCGAGGUCACCAGCGAUCAGAUCGGCUGGCCAGCCUACCUUCUUAUCGCCAUGAUCAUCAUCUUCAUCGCCUUCUAUGCCUCGGGCAUUGCCACCAUCGCCUGGAUCGGCACCGAGUUCAUUCCCAUGGAAGUCCGUGCCGUCGGCACUAUGCUGAACACCGCCACCUGCUGGUCGACCAACAUCAUUGUAGCUUCUACUUUCCUGUCCAUGAUGAAGGGCAUCACUCCCUCCGGAGCUUUUGGCUUCUACGCCGGCCUCAUGUUCGUCGGCUGGAUCUUCGUCAUCUUCUGCUUCCCUGAGGUCAAGGGCAUGCCGCUUGAGGCUGUUCGUGAGGUGUUCGAGAACGGCUUUGGUGUCAAGUAUGCGAAUAAGUGGCAGAAGGAGAACAGGGAGUUUGCGAAGAUGAAUGCGCAAGGUCCGGCUUUUGGACACUGA